ACUGAAAGUAACGCGAGACUGCAGUUGACCUGUGGUGACCCCAAGAUGGCGGCGAUGGGUAGAAAACGUGGUGGCGUGAAACAAACCGGCGAUCAAGUCGCCAAGAAGGCUAAAACCGAGAAUGGAGAAGACGGAAACUCUCCCAAUGUACAGCCUACAACGCAAGGAACAGCUAUGGGGGACAAGAGAAAGAAGCGACGUAACGAACGGAGAAAGGUGCAGAAGAAGUUGAAGAAGAAGAUGCAGAGGGAAGGUGCACAUCAGCCCAAACCUCCAGUUACUUUAGAGGAGAACUCAGAGGAGUCUGAAGAGGAGGACUCAGAAACAGAAGAACAGGAGACUCCUGCACCAGUCACAAGAGAGGACCCUCCACCUUUACAUGGGGGCAAGUGGACCAACAAGCAGCGGUGUCUGGUGUUCUGUUCCCGCGGAGUUUCUUACCGAGCCAGACAUCUCAUGAACGACCUUAAGAUGCUCAUGCCUCAUGCUAAAGCAGAGAGCAAGAUGCACAAAAAGGAAAACAUCCAACUCAUAAAUGAGAUGUGUGAGAUGAAGAACUGCAACAAGUGUGUUUAUCUGGAGGCCAGGAAGAAGAUGGAUCUGUACAUGUGGGUGUCAAAUGUUCCUCAUGGCCCCUCUGUGAAAUUUCUGGUGGAGAAUGUUCACACAAUGGGAGAACUCAAGUUGACAGGAAACUGUCUGAAAGGUUCCAGACCCAUAGUCACAUUUGACAAGAGUUUUGAUGAACAUCCCCACUGGAGUGUUGUGAAAGAACUGUUCACACAGACCUUCAGCACGCCGUACCACCACCCCCGGAGCCAGCCGUUUGUGGACCAUGUCUAUACCUUCUCCGUGGUGGAUGACAGAAUAUGGUUCCGCAACUAUCAGAUUGUUGACGAGAAAGGUUCCUUGGCAGAAGUGGGCCCCAGAUUUGUGCUGAACCCCAUACGUAUGUUCGGAGGCAGCUUUGGAGGCCCCACCUUGUACCAGAACCCACACUACAAGUCUCCUAAUGAGAUUCGUCGUGCCCUGAGGAGGUUAAAGGGAGACAAGUACACCAACCGCGUGCUGGCCAAAAAGGCGCUCCAGGAGAGAAAGACAGAUGAGACAUACCCGGUCGACCCGACAGACGAAGUCUUCGCCACGCCCAGAGAUGAGACUGACUCCGAAGAUGAGAAGCCUCAGAAGAAGAACAAAAGGAGGAGAAAAAAGAACUGAUUAAAGAAACACAACAGGGAAAAGGAGAGUUGGGAGAAAACAGUCUUUUCUGUUUCACUUCUAUGAAGAUCAGACAUCCAGGUUACUAGUAACUCUUGCCCUGCUGGUGUUCCUUUGCCAAUGUAAUCCCCCAGGUCUGAUUGCUUUCAACAGAACAGUAAAACUUGUUUUAUGCUACUGCUGCAGAGUUACUUCCCCAGCUAUGCUGUGGCAUGAAACAUUUAGGUAAGAAAUAACCCAACCCAUAUCUAUAGAAAUAAUGAAGUCGGAUACAGGCAUCAUGUAUGUGCAGAUCAAACAAUUGACUUGUAUAGCAGAACUAGGGUUGUUAAACACAGUUUAGGCUGUACAACUGGAUCAGACCAAUGUGAUAUAACUUCCUUGAUCAGACACAGAAACUAAAUCUGGAUGUUAUUAUUAAUAUGUUCCAAGUGACAUCCAUCACACUACUUCACGUGUACAGGUUCAUCCUGUCAUGUCCAACUGUUUUCAGCAUUGCAAUACUCCAAAGUAAAGUUUUUGCCUUUGUUGGCAAUUCUCAUGAAGAUAAGAGAGCUCAUCAAUAUUGUGUAACAUAUCAAAGUUGCCUAUUUUGUUUCAGCACAAGAAAAGAACAGCUAUGGGAAUUUUUUCCACAAAGAUCUUUUUUUUUAUAGAUGUGUAUAUCACAUGGAGUAACUCAACUCAUAGGCAAAUAUGAUGCCACAUGUAGUAUACAAAUGUGUUUUAUUAUUGUCAACUGUGUCUGCAAUUAUAUUACAUAUUUUACUAGGAUAUAUGUUCUAUUCUGUUUUCAUUUAUUAAAACUAAAUAUCCAUUGACUUUGAUAGAUCUCUACUUAUACAGACAUUAAAUACUAUUGCAAUUAUAUAAAAUAGGUUUGUGUUUGACUGCCAUGAUUUUGUUGAGCUUCUUUUGACUCUUUAUGUCCCCUCACAUUUUGGUCAGAGAGGACAGUCAAACUACUGGAGAACAAAUGUCAUGGAUAAUGAUGAUGUGAUAAUAAUGGUGAUGAUAUACAAACUGUAUCCUGACUAAAGCACACAAAGUU